UAUUUUGUCGGCAAAUAAUGAUGUCGAAUAUCUGGAUUCGGUUAUUAACAUGCUUUUAAACGGUGAUACUUUUGAAAUUGAAGAUUCACAAGAAGUCGUUAAAGAACAGGACGUAACCCUAAUCGGGGGUAUAUGGAAGUGCGGAAACUGCGCGGACGUUGAUGAUUCAAAGCUUGUUUACAGCGAGGUCAAUGACCUAGAAACAGAAGUUACCGAAGACCAACCAGUUGAAGUGCAAAUAAGCAUGUCGAUUCCGUCGAUGUCGUGCGUAGCGGUGGUGGGUGAGCGAGCAGGCAUCGUGCGACGCGUCACGGGCUCGUGCGCCGGCGCGCAGGUCACUCUCAGCAUCGCGGCUGCCAACCACUUCACUGUUAACGUCUACGCUGACUGACCGUGUGGAGGUGAAGGGAGAGU